CCGGCGCGAUGGCGGCUGACACGCAGGUUUCUGAUACACUGAAGCGAUUUGCAGUAAAAGUCACCACAGCCAGUGUGAAGGAGCGAAGAGAGAUCCUCAAUGAACUGGGAAGAUGUGUCACUGGGAAAGAUCUGCCAGAAGGGGCAGUUAAAGUCCUGUGUAAACUCUUCUGUCUCACUCUGCAUCGAUACCGAGAUGCAGCAUCUCGUAGAGCUUUGCAAUUGGCUCUCCAACAGCUUGCUGAAUCCCAGCCAGAGGCAACAGCAAAGAACCUUCUGCAGUCCCUGCAGUCUUCAGGGAUCAGUGGCAAGGCUGGAGUUCCCAGCAAGAGCAGUGGAUCUGCAGCUGUGCUGGCUCUCUCCUGGACUUGCCUGCUUGCACGUGUAGUCUUCCCAACGUGGGACAAAAGACAAGGGGAAAUAUGGAAGAAGCUGGUGGAAGUUCAAUGCUUGCUUUUUUUAGAAGUCCUGGGUGGUUCUCACAAGCAUGCAGUGGAUGGAGCUGUGAAGAAACUGAAGAGGCUGUGGAAGGAGAACUUGGGACUGGUGGAUCAAUACCUUUCUGUCAUUCUUGGUCUAGAACCAAACCAGAGUUAUGCUGCGAUGCUGGGGCUUCUGGUACAGUUCUGCACCAUUCAGAAGGAGAUGGAUGUUGUUAACAGACACAAGAGUGCCCUUCUGGAUUUCUAUGUCAAGACUAUCCUUAUGAGUAAGACAAAACCUCAGAAACAUCUUCUGGAAAACUGUUCUCCCCUUCUUCGUUACAUGUCUCACGCUGAAUUCAAGGACCUGGUCUUACCAACUCUUCAGAAAUCCCUGCUGCGGAGCCCUGAGAAUGUGAUUGAAACAAUCUCCUGUUUGCUGGUAUCUGUGAAACUUGAUCUCAGCCAAUAUGCUGUGGACAUUGUAAAAGGACUGGCCAGUCAUCUGAAAUCCAACAGUCCCCAGCUAAUGGAUGAGGCAGUGGUGGCAUUAAAGAACCUCGCUCGGCAGUGCAGUGACCCGUCAGCUGUGGAGUCACUGGGGAGACACCUGUUUGCUAUCCUAGGGGGUUCAGAGGGGAAGCUGACAGUGGUGGCUCAAAAGAUGAGUGUCCUUUCAGGUAUUGGCAGUCUUAGUCAUCAUGCGGUUUCUGGACCCUCAAGUCAAGCCCUAAGUGGAACCAUGGCUGAACUUUUCAUCCCUUUCCUGCAGCAAGAAGUACAUGAAGGCACUUUGGUCCAUGCUGUCUCUGUUCUUGCUCUUUGGUGUAAUCGGUUCACUACUGAAGUUCCCAGGAACCUGGUGGAGUGGUUAAAGAAAGCUGUCAGCCUCAAAACCUCUACAUCAGCUGUGAGACAGGCUUACCUGCAGUGCAUGCUGGCCUCUUUCAAAGGUGACACGUUGUUACAGGGAAUGGACCUAAUGCCAGUGCUCAUCCAGACAGUGGAAAAGGCAGCAUCCCAAAGUACUCAAGUUUCUCUGGUAACAGAAGGAGUUGCUGCAUCUUUACUGAUCUGUAGGAUGUCUGUGGUUGAGGCACAAACUGAUGCCAAACUGAGUGGCUUCUGGCAGCUGAUCUUAGAUGAGAAAAAGCAGAUUUUCACUUCUGAGAAGUUCUUGCAGUCUGCAACAGAGGAAGCCAUGCAUACAGUCUUACAGCUGACAGAGCGCCUCCUCUUGGAUCAUGCACAGCGACUCCCUGAAAAUAAAGUUCAACUGUAUUAUCGGGCCCUUGUUGCAGUACUGCUGAGUCGGACCUGGCAUGUUCGAAAACAUGCCCAGCAGGCUGUUAGGAAGCUCUUGUCCUCUCUUGGAGGGUUCAAGCUGGCUUAUGGGCUGUUGGAGGAGCUGAAAGCAGUUCUCAGGUCCCAUAAGGUGCUGCCCAUUGAAGCUCUGCUGAUGGAGUCUGGAGAACUUUCUGAGCUGGGGAAAGCAUAUGUUCCCCCCCGAGUCCUUCAUGAAACACUGUGUGUGAUCUCAAGUGUGGCAGGGCUGGAGGUGGAUCCUACUGAGACAGAAAAACUAGCACUGGAGAUGCUGCUAGUGAGCCAUCAUCCCUCCUUAGUGGUGGUGCAGUCUGGGCUUUGGCCAACCCUCCUGAUCAGGAUGAAGAUAGACCCCAAAGACUUCAUAACCAAACACCUGGAUGAAAUCCUACCCAGGAUCACUACCCAGACUCCCAUGAACCAGUCAUCCAUGAAUGCAGUGGGAUCUCUCUCUCUGCUUUCACCUGGCAGAGUGCUCCCUCAGCUGAUCAGCACCAUCUCACCAACUAUGGAGAACCCAGCUCUGCACCAUGUGACUCGAGAAGAAUAUGCCAUCAUGAAGACACCAGAGGGGGAACUGUAUGACAAAUCUAUUAUCCAGAGUGCUCAGCAGGAUAGUAUGAAAAAGGCCAACAUGAAGAGGGAAAAUAAGGCUUAUUCCUUCAAGGAGCAAAUCAUUGAGCUGGAGCUGAAAGAGGAGAUAAAGAAGAAGAAAGGAAUAAAGGAUGAGGUGCAGCUGACGAGCAAACAGAAGGAGAUGGUGCAUGCACAGCUGGAGAAGGAGUCUCAGAUCAGAAAGCGACUGAAGGAGCUUGACAGUGAACUGGAAACAGCAUUAGAACUUCUGAACACUGUGAUGAAGAGAAACCCUCCUGGCCUGACCCAGUACAUCCCAAGUCUUGUUGGCUCUUUCUUGCCAUUGUUUAAAUCUCCACUGGCUGCUCCAAGAAUUAAGAUCCCUUUUCUUUCCUUAGCUUACUGUGUCAUGCCUGCUCGCUUGAGAACUUUUGGUAUUUUAGUGAGUCAUGUGACCUUACGCCUGAUGAAACCAGAAUGUGAAUUAGAUGAAUCCUGGUGCCAGGAAGAGUUGCCAACUGCCAUUAACAGAGCUGUUACCUUGUUGCAUGCCCACACUAUCCCCAGCAAGACCGGCAAGGGGGAGCCAGGUGCAUUAUCAGCUCCAGCAUUUUCCUUAGUCUUUCCUCUUCUAAAGACAGUCCUGACUGAGACACCCAAUGAUAGUGAAGAGAAGGAAGAACUCAUGGUCAGGAUUCUUCAGAUCCUCAUGGUCCAUGCUCAGAUGAGAUCAUCAGCAAAUGGCCAGACUUCGCUAGUGGAUGAGAAUGGCCCCGAGUUACUGCCUCGCACAGACAUGCUACUGUUGCUGACCCGGGUGAUUGGAACAGGUUCUCCACGGUUACAGGUUCUUGCUUCAAAUGCACUAACAGCUCUGUGCACGAGCAGUAGCGGGGAGGAUGGUUGUGCCUACGCAGAACAAGAAGAAAUUGAUGUGUUACUUCAGGCUCUGCAGUCUCCAUGCAUGAAUGUGCGUGAUGCUGCUCUCAGGGGACUGAUGGAGAUGCAGAUGGUGCUACCAACCCCAGACAGUGAUGAAAAGAAUGGACUGAAUCUGCUGCGCCGGCUCUGGGUGGUCAAGUUUGAUGUGGAAGAUGAAAUUCGAAAACUAGCAGAGAGGUUGUGGGAGUCCAUGGGUCUGGAGCUGCAGCCUGAUCUCUGUUCCUUGCUGAUCAAAGAUGUUAUCUACUAUGAAGAAGCAGUGCGCCAAGCUGGUGCUGAGGCUCUUUCUAAAGCUGUAGCUCAAUAUCGAGACCAAGCAGCAGAUGUCAUGAAUAAACUGACAGAGAUUUACCAGGAAAAACUCUAUAGGCCACCUCCAGUUUUGGAUGCCUUGGGACGUGUGAUAUCUGAAUCGCCACCUGACCAGUGGGAAGCAAGGUGUGGUAUAGCCUUGGCUCUGAACAAACUCUCUCAGCACCUGGAUAGUUCGCAGGUGAAGCCCCUGUUUCAGUUCUUCGUGCCGGAUGCCCUUAAUGAUCGCAGCCCUGACGUCCGGAAAUGCAUGUUAGAUGCAGCUCUUUCUACACUCAAUACCCAUGGCAAGGAAAAUGUUAACUGUCUCUUGCCAGUAUUUGAAAAGUUCCUGAAAAUUGCUCCAAAUGAUGCCAGUUAUGAUGCCGUCAGACAGAGCGUGGUCAUUCUGAUGGGCUCACUGGCAAAACAUCUGGAUAAGAGCGACCCUAAAGUGAAACCUAUCGUUGCCAAGCUGAUAACAGCUUUGUCUACUCCAUCUCAACAGGUCCAGGAGUCUGUGGCAAGCUGUUUACCACCCCUUGUGCCUGCAAUUAAAGAGGAUGCAAGUGGAAUGAUACAGAAGCUAAUGCAACUGCUCCUAGAAUCUGAUAAGUAUGCUGAGCGCAGAGGUGCUGCUUAUGGGCUGGCAGGCCUGGUGAAAGGCCUUGGCAUCCUCUCUCUUAAGCAGCAGGAGAUGAUGACCACUCUGACUGAUGCCAUCCAGGAUAAGAAGAAUUUCCGCCGGCGAGAGGGGGCCCUGUUUGCCUUUGAAAUGCUCUGCAGCAUGCUCGGGAAGCUCUUUGAGCCCUAUGUGGUUCAUGUGUUGCCACAUUUACUGCUUUGUUUUGGAGAUGGGAACCAGUACGUACGAGAGGCUGCAGAUGACUGUGCCAAGGCCGUAAUGAGCAACUUAAGUGCUCAUGGCGUGAAGCUGGUUCUACCAUCGCUGCUUGCAGCAUUGGAGGAGGACUCUUGGAGAACCAAAGCUGGAUCAGUGGAAUUGCUGGGAGCUAUGGCUUACUGUGCCCCAAAACAGCUCUCUUCCUGUUUGCCAAAUAUUGUGCCAAAACUGACUGAGGUGCUCACGGAUUCCCAUGUAAAAGUACAGAAAGCAGGACAGCAGGCACUCAGACAGAUUGGGUCUGUUAUCAGGAAUCCAGAAAUCUUGGCAAUUGCCCCGGUUCUCUUGGAUGCACUCACUGAUCCAUCCAGAAAGACCCAGAAGUGCCUGCAGACCCUGCUGGAUACCAAAUUUGUCCACUUCAUUGAUGCGCCAUCUCUGGCCCUCAUCAUGCCCAUUGUUCAGAGAGCCUUUCAAGAUCGUUCCACAGACACCAGGAAAAUGGCUGCACAGAUCAUUGGGAAUAUGUACUCCUUGACUGAUCAGAAGGAUCUGGCUCCUUACCUGCCCAGUGUGACCCCUGGACUGAAAGCCUCCCUGUUGGACCCUGUACCUGAGGUACGUACCGUAUCUGCAAAGGCAUUAGGAGCCAUGGUGAAGGGCAUGGGAGAGUCAUGCUUUGAGGACUUGCUGCCCUGGCUGAUGGAGACAUUGACAUAUGAGCAAAGUUCAGUGGAUCGAUCUGGUGCUGCUCAAGGUCUGGCUGAAGUCAUGGCUGGUUUGGGGGUAGAAAAGUUGGAGAAACUUAUGCCAGAAAUUGUAGCUACUGCCAGCAAAGUGGACAUUGCACCCCAUGUCCGGGAUGGAUAUAUCAUGAUGUUCAACUAUUUACCCAUUACCUUUGGAAACAAGUUCACUCCCUACGUUGGGCCAAUCAUACCAUGCAUCCUUAAGGCUCUGGCAGAUGAGAAUGAGUUUGUGCGGGACACUGCCCUUCGUGCUGGACAGAGAAUCAUAAGCAAGUAUGCAGAAACUGCCAUUGCACUUCUUCUGCCUCAGCUGGAGCAAGGCCUUUUUGAUGACCUUUGGAGAAUAAGGUUUAGCUCAGUUCAGCUCCUUGGGGAUCUUCUAUUCCAUAUCUCAGGUGUCACAGGAAAAAUGACAACAGAAACCGCCUCAGAGGAUGACAACUUUGGAACAGCCCAGUCAAACAAGGCUAUUAUCAAUGCUCUUGGUGUGGAACGACGAAACAGAGUUCUAGCAGGGCUCUACAUGGGCCGAUCUGAUACCCAGCUGGUAGUUCGUCAGGCAUCCUUGCAUGUCUGGAAGAUUGUGGUCUCAAACACACCUCGCACGCUGCGUGAAAUUUUACCAACUCUCUUUGGUCUUUUGCUAGGGUUCUUGGCCAGUACUUGUGCAGACAAGAGAUCAAUUGCAGCCCGAACUCUGGGAGAUCUUGUCCGAAAGUUGGGAGAAAAAAUCCUCCCAGAAAUUAUCCCUAUCCUGGAAGAGGGCUUGCGAUCAGAGAAGAGUGAUGAGAGGGAAGGUGUCUGCAUUGGUUUGAGUGAGAUCAUGAAAUCCACAAGCAGGGAUGCAGUGCUGUUUUUCUCAGUGUCUCUGGUUCCUACAGUGAGGAAAGCUCUUUGUGACCCUCUUGAAGAAGUCAGAGAAGCUGCAGCCAAAACAUUUGAACAGUUGCAUUCAACUAUUGGACACCAGGCGCUUGAAGACAUCUUGCCAUUUUUGUUGAAACAGCUGGACAUUGAAGAGACAUCUGAAUUUGCUCUGGAUGGUCUUAAGCAAGUUAUGGCUGUUAAGAGCCGUGUAGUGUUGCCUUACUUGGUGCCAAAGCUAAUUGCUCCUCCUGUGAACACGCGAGUGCUAGCCUUCCUCUCAUCUGUAGCAGGUGAUGCACUGACCCGGCACCUGACUGUAAUCCUACCUGCUAUGAUGUCUGCACUGAAAGAGAAGCUGGGGACCAGUGAUGAGCAACUGGAGAUGGCUAAUUGCCAGGUUGUAAUUCUGUCUGUAGAAGACGAUGCUGGACAGAGGAUUAUUAUUGAGGAUCUGUUAGAAGCCACUCGCAGCCCUGAGGUGGGAAUGAGGCAGGCAGCAGCGGUCAUUCUAAACAUCUACUGUUCCAAGACAAAAGCAGACUAUACUGGUCAUCUCAGGAACCUGGUCUCAGGCUUGCUCAGACUUUUUAAUGAUGUCAACCCUGUGGUUCUGAAUGAAAGCUGGGAUGCUCUCAGUUCCAUUACCAAGAAAUUAGAUGCUGGGAACCAGCUUGCCCUCAUUGAGGAUCUACACAGGGACAUCCGGGUUGUAGGAAAUGAGGCCAAAGGAGAACACGUGCCAGGAUUCUGUAUUCCAAAGAAGGGUGUGACAUCCAUUCUUCCAGUGCUGCGGGAGGGGGUUCUGACUGGGAACCCUGAGCAGAAGGAGGAAGCUGCUAAAGCCUUAGGACUAGUUAUUAAACUAACCUCUGCGGAAGCCCUGAAGCCCUCUGUGGUGAGCAUUACUGGACCACUCAUCCGGAUCUUGGGAGAUCGAUUCAGCUGGAAUGUCAAGGUGGCUUUGCUUGAAACAUUAAGCCUUCUCUUAGCAAAGGUUGGAAUUGCCCUGAAACCAUUCCUGCCUCAGCUGCAAACUACCUUCAUCAAGGCACUACAAGAUUCAAACCGUACUGUCCGCCUUAAGGCUGCAGAUGCUCUUGGUAAAUUGAUUGUCAUCCAUGUUAAAGUUGAUCCUCUCUUUACUGAGCUAUUGAAUGGAAUCCGUUCCAGUGAGGACUCUGGCAUCAGAGACACAAUGCUGCAAGCUCUGCGAUUUGUAACUCAAGGAGCUGGUGCAAAAGUGGAUGCAGCAAUUAGGAAGAACAUUAGCACAGUGCUUCUAGGAAUGCUGGGACAUGAUGAGGAUACCACCCGCAUGGCAUCUGCUGGCUGUCUAGCAGAGCUGUGUGCAUUUCUCUCAGAAGAGGAGCUCAAUUCUGUUCUCCAACAACAUUUGCUGGCUGAUGUCUCUGGAAUUGACUGGAUGGUGAGACAUGGACGAAGUCUCGCACUGUCUGUGGCUGUAAAUGUAGCUCCCAGCAGACUCUGUCUCCCCAGAUACUAUAACACUGUUCAGGAGAUGAUCUUCAGCAAUGCCACGGCAGACAGGAUUCCCAUUGCCAUUAGUGGUAUCAGAGGGAUGGGCUUUCUUAUGAAAUAUCACAUAGAAGCAGAAGGAGGGAACCUGCCCCUGAAACUCUCCAACUUCUUUAUUAAGUGUCUCCAGAACCCGUCAAGUGACAUCAAAUUAGUUGCAGAGAAGAUGAUCUGGUGGGCAAAUAAAAAGCAAAUGCCCUCACUGGAUCCUCAGACAAUUAAACCAAUUCUCAAAGCACUUCUGGACAAUACAAAGGACAAAAACACCAGUGUGAGGGCCUACAGCGACCAAGCCAUAGUUAAUCUCCUGAAGAUGAGAGAGGGCGAGGAAGUACUUCAGUCUGUCUCUAAGAUCCUAGAUGCUGCCAGUUUGGAUCUGCUGAAUGAAAGCUGCAGAAGAUCUCUGAAGAAGCUUGCCAGCCAGUCUGACUCGGACGAACAGAUAGAUGACACCAUACUGACGUGAUAAUUCUGAUCCAGAAGAAAGAAAACUUUGAACCCAACCGCUGCAUCAGCAUUUCAACUAAAAAAACAAUGUUAAAUGUUUUCAUUUUUGAAAAUAUGUUAAUUCUGGUGGGGGCUUGCAAAAAGGACUCCCAGAGAGUAUUUUAAUAUCAAAAAUAUACCAGAAUAGCCUUAAUUAGACCCAUUAGUUGAAUAUUGAAAAUUCGGUCCCCUUUUUGAGAUGGAGAAUGUGUAAGAGAAAGUCACGCCAAUCAGUACUGAAUAAUUAAGGCUGAUUGUAAGAUAUGACAAGGCAUCAGGCUUAAAACUCUGGUGAAAUCACUUUCUUUAUCAGGGUCUACUUAAAAGCUUCAGUAAAUGGAGCUCUCCCUUUUCCACAGACUCUGUGCAAUGGGAAUAGGCCUCUGUGAAAGUUUAAAAGCUAUUGUUUUUGUGUACUGCUACCUUGCUGCUUGUGACAGUUCUGAAGGCUGAAAAUCCCCGUAAAACAAAUUAUUUAAAAUAGCCUUAGAAAUUGAAAAUGCAGAGGGGGGAAUUAAAUGCAGGCUGUUUAAAGAAGAAACACUUAAUAAAGGCUUUGGAUUUAAUCCCACCGGUGAAAGCAUUUUUCUUUCUAUAAAACCAUAUUUUCAAGAGGAUUAGGCCAUCUUGAACCAGGUAUAUUAGAAAAGGUUUCUUAUAUUGCAUUUACUUUUUAGAUGCAUUUUUCUCAAGAGACUGGUUCUAGAGUAGACAGCAUUGUAAUAAACAAGAGAGAUUUCCAGUAUUGAAACAAGCUAGGGGUUUGCAAGCCAGACAAGACUAAACACUUAACAAAAUUGACAAAAAUGGAUUCCAGUUCAGGAAUUAUAUGAUCUCAUUCCAGGAAUGUGAAUGACCACUGGCAUCUUUUCUGUUGCCCAUCUGUUGGACAUAACAGGCCUUCAUUUUUUGUGACCUCAGCUACUUGAUAGUCCAUUCAAAUUAACAUGUAGGCUUGCCCAGAAGUUAUGUCAUUGAACACUAAGGGUGUUAUUUAUCAGGCAAAAUCCACCUCAAAGUUUACAUUUUACUAAUACUGUUUACACAAAGUAUGGGGGGUGGGGAGGGAGCAAAAGGCACAGAAAUGUGUCUUAUACAUUUAUGUGACCAUAAAAUGUAGAGCAAGUUGUCCAAUGGGGUUAUAAAUGCUGAUAUUUAGUAGCUACCAUGGUAACAGAAGUGAACAGGAAAAGGGUUUUGAUGGAUCUUAGUAAUAUCAACACACAAAAAGUUCACCAGAAAUUAAAAAUAAAUGCUAAAAUAUACCCAUAGGGUAGCUUCUGGUCAAAAGUUUAUUGUUUUAAGAAUCUGUGGAAAGGACCUUGCUCUUCCCUAAAACCUCCAUAAUAUGAUUUUGGACCAGCAGGAUGAUAGAGCUGCUGUGUGUAACGAUCUGAUUCACCUAUAAUGAUUUAUUUUAUGCCAAGUCUCUCUUCUGUUUUGGU